AUGAAGUUUUCUCUCAGUGUUGUUACUCUGCUCUUCAGCAGCACUUUUGUCGCUGCAAGCCCUUUUUUCAGUAACGGUCAAACCGUUCUUGACGAUAAGCAAGCUGUUCCUGGAAACAACCCUCUCACCUAUUGCAAUGCCGAUCAUUCGUCUGAUAUCCUAUCGCUCGACCACGUCAAUUUGAAUCCCAAUCCUCCAACUGCUGGGAAUAAACUUACCAUCGAGGCGGUCGGCACCUUGUCGCAGACAUUGGAGAAGGGUGCAUACGUUCGCUUGCAAGUCAAAUAUGGCUUGAUUCGACUUAUCAGUAUGACAGAGGAUCUGUGCGAUCAAGUAUCUAACGUCGAUUUGAGUUGCCCGAUUGAUGCUGGAAAGAUUACAAUCACAAAGGAUGUUGAUCUGCCAAACCAGAUCCCUCCCGGAACUUACACCGUCUUCGCCGAUGCAUUUACUGCGGAUGAUGAACCCAUUAUUUGCUUACAAGCAACGGUUACGUUUUCACGUUAGACCACCCCAAUACUAGAUAAUAGCUACAUAAUACCCUCAAAUUGUACUUAGGAUUUCGCGGAAAGCAGAGAUUUGCAUGUGGACUGUAUUAGGUCGAUGAAUAA